GAUUUUCUUACAUCCUAUUUACAACUCUAUUAAGAUUGAAUAAGCAACAUGGCAAAUAUCGUGGGAGAUCUACCCGUCCCGAACACGUGUGCGAAGCAUGAAGUUACUAUUGCUCCAGAUCUUCUUAUCACUUUGUUUUACAUUGUAUGUUAAAUAUUAAGUAAACGAGAGUAAAUUCCAUAGUGAUUUAUAGGCAAUGCCGUAACAAUAUAGAGCAACUUGGUUAUGACUGUUUUGUUGUGAUUGUUUGUUUACAGGAUUACAAUUUAUUUCUAUCUCGCCCUUUCAAAGCACGUUAUCCAGUGUUAGAAAGAGCAACCAAAGGCCCAGUUACAAAAAGAUCCUUACAGAAUAGCGCUACGGGUGGUGCAGCUAAGUCUGAAAAUAACACGCGUCACGCAUAAAUUGCCGUUUGAUAAAUAUAAUAUUGAAUAGGAUUCAUAGGGAGUUAGUUCACAGUUUGCAGUAGGUACGGAAGAGCGUCCGAUAUGCGCGCAGUGAUUAUAAUAAAUUGUUUUACAAUUUUCGCAUUCUUGAAUUAUGCAUACAGUGCGCGAAUACUUGGACUUUUUCCAUUCACGGGUAGAAGUCAUCACAUGGUGUUCGAGCCGCUGCUGCGAACAUUAGCAGAGAAAGGUCAUCAUGUCACGGUGGCUUCGUUUUUUCCGCUAAAAAAUCCGCCAGCUAACUACGUCGAUAUCAGCUUCAAGGGUAUCGCUGAGGUUGGCUUAGGAAACUUUGAUUUGGACUGGUACGAGAGCUUCAAUACUUACAAGAUAAGUAAAAUUAGAGACGUCUUGAUGACAGUGUCAGAUUACGAUAUAUUGUCCACCAUGGCGAUAGACUCCUGCAGCAAACUGAUAGAUCUGCCAUCUUUAAAUGAAGCACUGAAGAAGGAUUAUGAUGUUGUUUUGAUGGAAAACUUCAAUAGUGACUGUAUGUUUGGUUUAUUGCAUGUGUACGGAAAUAAAGCUCCUAAAAUCGGGUUGUCAUCUACAUUUCUAAUGCCAUGGUCGGCUGAUAGAAUCGGAGUUACCGAUAACCCAUCAUACGUGCCAGUUGGGACGACAAAUUUUGCUCAAACCAUGACAUUUUGGGAGAGGAUGGAGAAUACAUUAUGGAAAAUAUACUUGAAAUUGUGGUUCCGUUAUAGCGUACAGUAUGAGGAACAGAGUAUGAUAGAAAAGAAGUUUGGAAGGCAGAUUCCUGAAUUGGCAAAUCUCGGACGGAACAUUUCUUUGAUGUUUGUGAACACAUACCACGCGUUAAAUGGCCCUACACCUCUUGUGCCCGGACUGGUGGAAGUUGGAGGGAUGCACUUGAAUGAGACGAAACAAGAUAUUCCACCGUACAUCGAAAAGUUCCUGAACGAAUCCGAACAUGGCGUAGUUCUCUUCAGCUUCGGCUCGCUCAUACGGACGGCCACUUUGCCGAAGUACAAGGAAGAGAUGAUAGUCAACUCUCUCUCGAAGCUGAAGCAACGCGUCAUAUGGAAGUACGAGGACAGUGCUGAGCAGGGAAACCUGACGGGGAACAUUCUGAGAGUUCGAUGGUUGCCGCAGUAUGAGCUACUACAACACAACAAGAUCCACGCCUUCAUCGCCCACGGCGGCUUGCUGGGCAUGACUGAAGCGGUGUCUGCCGGCAAGCCGAUGGUGGUCGUGCCUUUCUUCGGCGACCAACCAGCCAACGGCGCCGCCGCGGCAGCUGCGGGCUUUGCCAAAGUGGUGCCUUACUAUGACCUGAGUGAAGAGGCUCUCGAUGAUGCGAUACAGACCGUGCUGAGUGCUGAAAUGCGUAUGAACGCACGGCGAGUCUCCAAGAUGUGGAAGGACAGGGAAUCGUCUCCUCUCGACACGGCGGUGUUUUGGACGGAGCGUGUGAUCCGGUGGGGUCACGCAGCCCCCCUGCACACCGCGGCGCGGGAGCUCGCCUUCUACGAGCUAGCAUUGCUCGACGUCGCCGCGGCGUAUAUACUAGCCAUUAUCAUCAUCCAUAUCAUCCUAUGGUUCUUGUUAUCUAAAAUAAUACACCUGUUUGUUAAGGAGCCUAAACAGAAGCUGCAUUAAAGCAUGCUUAGCCCCCAUUCACACGAGAGUCUUUAACGGACGUUGAAAAAGCGUUCAAAUACAACAAAUGCAUUCCCAAGUAUAUGUUCACACGACAGCUUUUUUAAAACGCGGAGUUUUUUUCGAGCAGUGUUGCAUUUUCAGUUUUGGGCGUUGGAAAUAUAAUAUUAAUAUACCUUCAUUUAAUUAAUUUUAUACUAUAAUAGAAUAGAAUAGAAUAUCUUUAUUUAUCCACACUUGAGUAUUAAAAUAAAAUAAAAUAAACAAACAGAACAUACAAAUACCUGGUCGUGGACAAAACAGGUAUCCACCUCAGCACGAUGCCACAGCGAGCUGUGGCGCUGGUUUUCAGGUGAAACUUUGUGUGUUCACGGACGUGUCUACGUGACGUGUCUUAACUUAAAACUUAUAUAUGAUUACAUAUUAUAUGAUUUAUACAAAGUAAAAUAAAAUAAUGAAACAAAAACGAACAGAGUAAUAAAAUAACAAAAUUAACAUAUAUGGGAAACUAAAUUAACAGGGAAAAUCAAACAAUAAUUACUACGAGUCAACCCGUAAAGUGAACGAUCUGCCGCCACCAUAGUAUUGUAGUAAGGAGAAAAGGAAUUAGUACUAGGGGUUAUUAAUUGUUUGCUGAUAAUAGAACGUCCGUUAAAGAAAACUCUCGUGCAAAUGAGGUCUUAGGAUGGCCGCUCACUAACAAUUUUUAGUUGGCCGACUUUUUAAUUGUGCGUGAUUUAGUUGGACAAAUAUGCGGGCUGUCAUACAUCGCUAUACCUGUUCUAUAAUCGGCCGACUGAGUCCGAAGUGAGAGGGGGCUCUUAGGUACUGGCUUUGCCCUCAAUUAUAUUCGAUUCGUUUAUAAUAAUGUCUUAAAACAUUAUCAAACAUCGAAUACGUGUGACAAACGCUUAAUGUUUUCGAAUGAUAUCUGUUUAGACAAUUUUUUUAGUUAUAUUUAUAUACAAGUAGGUAGUAGUACUUGUGGACUAUCAGUAAGAUCGUCAAGAAACCACAGAAUAUAAUAGAACAUACUUAGAACAAACGGUUUGAAUUUGGAAGUCUUUUCAACCGGUACACAUAACACGAAUUGGAUUAGUAAAAUUAAUCAUUACCCUGGGGUCAUGCCUGAAAAUCAGCGCUACAGUUACUUAGCUGUAGCAUAGAGCUGAGGCAGCGCCCCAUUCACCCGAAGCCUUAGUAUUAAGUUAGUAUUAAUUCUCAUGUUUUUUUUCUUAUUUAUGUUAUGUUGUUUUGGCUGAAUAAAUGUUUUUAUUAUUAUUAUUAUUAAUCAGUGGUCUUCAUAGUGCACAAGUACUUUACCGUGUUGGCUACGAGUGCGAUUUACGAGUGCGAUUUACCUAUAUUCGCUCAGCGCAAUAUCCAAGCCCUUUUAGCAGUUGUAGGUAGUGGUCGUUGAAGAAGCCAUGCCCAUGACCGCCAUGCAAACUUCUGCCGCCAAUAGUCAAGCAGCAUUGCUGUGACUUGAAGUGUAUAGUUGUCAGUGUAAUUACAGGCACAUGAGGUGUAACACCUAUAACUCAGGUUAAUGGACACUGGGCAUUUUUGACGGCCUCCGCGGCGCAGUGCGUUGUGGAUUAAAAAACGGAUGUCCUGGGUUCGAUCCCCGGCUGGGCAGAUUGAGAUUUUCUUAAUUGGUCUGGCUGGUGGAAGCUUCAGCCGUGACUAGUUACCACCCUACCGACAAAGACGUACCGCCAAGCGAUUUAGCGUUUAGGUACGAUGUCGUGUAGAAACCGAAAAGGGGUGUGGAAUUUUAUCCUCCUCCUAACAAGUUAGCCCGCUUCCAUCUUAGACUGCAUCACUUACCAUCAGGUGACAAUGUAGUCAAGGGCUAACUUGUAAAGAAUAAAAAAAAACUGGCUCAUGCGCCUUACAUGCCUUCGAAUUGUUAUUCUGUUUACGGGCGAUGAAGUUUGACUUGCCAUUAGGUGGACUACCUACUUGUAAAAAAUUCAAUCCACAAUUGACAUGGAUAUAAUGAUGGCGCUGGAAAAAUGCUUUCUGACAUUUUAUCCGGUGGUCAUACAAAAACAGAAUAUGUAAACGUGGGUUUAUAUUUAAAUGAUUUAUUUGUACUGUGAAUUUGUUUUGUGGUUAGGAGAUAGACUGGUAUUUGGGUACGAAAGGAUUCGAGCCAAAUUAAUAACGAAUUAAUAAAGGUUGCGAAGUGGGUAACUUAUCGAGCUAUGGAAUACAGAUCGAUAUCACAGUUGUAGGCUGUUAUUUAGUUAUUGUUAAUUAGUUAUAAGUUUUUAUUAUUAUAGUAAGAAUAUUUAGGUCUGGUUUCACCAACUUCUGUUAUAAUAUUAUGUUGAUGUAUCUAUAUUAUGUUGAUGUAUGUAUUAUGUUGAUACUAGUUCAAAGUUUUUAAAUCAAAAAGACCAAAGAAUUUUUAAAAUCGGUUUAGUAGAUUCAAAGAAACCCUUACAAAACCACAAACUUUACCUCUUUAUAAUAUAUUUAGAUGAUGUCAAUAAGUUAUCCGAAAUUUAUCAGAAAUUGGUGAAACCGGCUCUAAGUUUAGAUAAUAGUGGUUAAUUUUUGUGAUCCAAUGAUAGAGGAUGGUUCUUUAGUUGGUGCCAAUGGGGAUUAUGACAGUUUUUAAAUUGUAUAUAAAUUAAAAGUAAGCUAAUAGUAAAGAAAUUUUGUAAAAGUAGCAGGAUAUCUGCGAUCAUUACUUUCGGAGUUACAGGGAUUUAAAUGGUCAUAUUUGCGGUACUGCCACAAAUCCCUGAAAAACGCCCCAUUCAAAAUGACACGAAGUAAUGACGUCGUUGGUCAUAACGAUCGUUAGAUUUGUAUGGGCGUUCAAACUAAAUUACAAAUGUCUUUGUUAUUUUUGCGUUAAUGUUUAUAUUUCAACUAUUGAAAAAUGACACUUUUAAUGUAAGGAAGCUAAAAAUGUAUGAAUAUUCAUCUAAUUACGAUAAAAGAUUUUUAAUAGAUUUUGAAAUUUUAUAACCUUGUUUAUUUUGCAAACAUCCAGAUAAUCUUUGUUUUUUACGUAUUAAUUAGUUAAUAUUGAACUUAUUUACCCGAAUGUCUCAUAAAAAUCAAUAUACUCAAACUUAGCUGUCAUCCCCAUUGAAUUUCUCAUUAAAGAGCUUUGCAGUUUGCUCUGCUAUAAAAGUUUUACGUACUAUAGAACUUCCACCUUCUUAACUUUUAACAUUGCCUAUUUUUUUCAAGUAAGCUUAGUUUACAAGCACAUAAGAGUUUAUUUAUAUUAUAAUACUCAUGUGUACUUCAAGCAGUAGUUGAUUAUAAUUUAUAAUAGUACUUGACGCAAAGUUUGCGAAAUUUUCAUUGUUUUUGGCGUAAAUAGCGUUUUUUUCAAUUUAAUUUCAGAUAAAUUCAAGUUUACUUUUACACGAUCGAAUAAGUACAAAAUCUAGGACACACCAAAUUGUAUAUAGAAGCAAUAGAGGUCAGUCUAAAACGUCAGGAAGGUCUCCUACUUCGUAAAGAAUAAUUUUGAAUUUAUUAAAGGCGAUCGCAUUGUUACGGAGGUUAUCUUUUUGGAAUACGUUGUUAUUUUAUGUUCAUUGACCUUAUGUCGAUGUUUGGAUUUAACCUCGUUAUAUUUUAUUCGUAGAGAGCUAAUUUUGGUAUUAAGUAGGUAUACAAAUUUAUUAAAACAAUUAUCAAGGUAGGUAUACAAUAAAAUGUGGAAGUACGCCUACAACAAAUUUAACUGCAAUUAUUUACAAAACAACAAUUGAUAAUUUGAAAUAUUACGAACGAAUUCUUAGUAUAGUCGCAAUACAUAGUUUAAGCUUGUAUUUAAAAAUGUACAGAUACUUUUGUAGUUUCAUACUUAGUAUUAAAACAAAGAAAAUUGAUGUAAAAGAUAAAAGGUAAUACUUUAUUUGGGAUUUAUUUUUCUAAAGUCACCGAUUUGUUGGAGUAUUUGCUAAAUGUCAAAAUUCAAACUUCAUUUAUUUCAUUUAAGCUUAGUUUACAAGCACUUUUGAAAAGUCAUGAUUAUGUCAUAAUUUAAUUUAAUCUAAUGGUAGUAAUAAUAGUCGAAAACUUAAAAUUAAGGUUACGAGGGUUCCAAACGCGCCUUGGUCCGAGAAGUCGCUACUUAAGUAACGUGUUUUGACUCGGACGCAACUGGACAACUUUUGGAAAAAUCGUUCCAUACACAAUACAUACGUAAGCUGGUAAUACAUACGUCACGGGUGAAAGGACGGGACGCCGAUGUGACACGGACGGAACGAGAACAAUGUUUGGCACGUCCUAUGCCGCGUACGUCACGUUCCGUCCUGCUGCGUUAUGCACGCCAUUGAUGAUCAAUUAUACACACGUUUGUGCAGCACCCACGACUAUAACUGAUCGUGUAUUGGUUAGUGCACGCAUGACGGCUCGACUUAUGAAACGUCUUCGCUGCCGUUUGCGCUGCAGAAACGUGAGAAUAAUUGACCGUCAAUGGCUGACUUUACUAUACAAAGUAAAUUAACGUAGUGCAAAUAAUAUAAUUACUAAACAAAAGGGACGGGGAAAACGAAGAUGCGUAUGCAUUAAGAUACCGUCCUGUUCGUUUACUUGUUAAACAUGGACGGUAAAAUGGGACCUUAAAAGUGCGGACGCUUUCAGAAAUUUAAAGCUACUGAACCAGUUUGACAUUUUAUGAAUUCAAUGGUUUUCUAUGGAAGACAUUAUGUUACGGAAUAUUAUUGUUUUUGUAAUUAAUUAGGCAUUGUAUAUUAUAAACAAUGUGCGAACAUUUGUUUUACUUGAUAUUUAACAAAAGACAAUAAACUAAUGUAAUACAU